AUGACAAGCGACGAUCAGUUUUUCUUUGACUACCUCUCGUCUAUACCCCAUGACGUAAGGCGAUACUCCCUCGAAGUCGCCGACUCGAUCGACCGACAAGUCGACCACGCUGCAAGCUUGAUCAAAGAUACCAUCGCCCAGCAAUCAUGGCUACCCCCAGCUGUUCGUCCAUCUCGCGCUUCCCAACGCGUGCGCGCCCCGCAAGGCCUGACGGACCGGGUACAAAACUGGAUUUCUCGGAAUCGCGCAUGGACGGCCGCCAUCCUCGCUUUUGUCGGCACUGGCGUUGUUAUGUACUAUGGUAGCAAGAAGCUUCAUGGAAAGCGGAGAAAGGCAAAGAGAGCCAGUAACGGUGGUAGAAAGGAAAUUGUUGUCGUCGCUGGAUCGCCGCAUGAGCCGAUGACUAGAGCCAUCGCCAUGGAGUUGGAACGUCGUGGCUAUAUUGUAUACGUGACUGUUUCUUCCGCGGACGAAGAACAUAUUGUUCAGUCCGAGAAUCGUGUUGAUAUCAAGCCUUUGUGGUUGGAUCUCACUACUUCACCUCCAUUGCCAUCCGAAGUCCACCCCUCGUUGAACGGUCUCCGUUCUUUGAUCACCCAGCCUCAGUCGCCUACCGCCGGAGUGCCUCCUCACACUUGCCAGCUGAGCGGCUUGAUCAUCGUGCCCUCGACCAACUACAGCGCAGGCCCAGUCGCAACUAUUCCACCGUCAUCCUGGGCCGACACUGUCAACACCCGUAUCCUCUCGCCCAUCCUCACCGUGCAGGCCUUCCUUCCUCUUCUCACACUUCGUAGCAACAGCAAGACUGUUGUUUUCGCCUACCCCUCCAUUUCAUCAUCCCUCUCUGCACCCUUCGCCGGACCUGAGGUAGCCACAAGCCGAGCAAUGUCCGGCUUUGCAGCCUCACUCCGUCAGGAACUCCGCCUCCUCGAGCAGGGUAACGUCGAUGUUGUCGAAUUGCGACUUGGAAAUAUCGAUCUGGGCCCUACCUACCGACACGGCCAGAGCCAAGUCGCAGGAACAGAAGUUCUCGCAUGGAGCACACAACAGCGAGCCCUCUACGGCUCGCAAUACUUGUCCAGUGUUGAACAACGACCCGUCGCAUCUGCCGGUCCCAGUGCCAUCCGUGGCUCUCCCGCUCGGAACCUCCACUACGCCAUUCUAGACGCUCUAGAACCCAGGACUCGGGGUAUGUUCGGCCAGCAAAAGUCCAAGAGAACCGUCAAGUACGUGGGACGUGGAGCGCGGUCGUACAGCCUUAUCGGCAACUGGGUUCCUGGCGGCCUUGUGGCCCUCAUGAUGGGGUACCGCAGCGGCAGCCCAAUGGGAUCACACAGCCCGAGUGGCAGCGGCAGUGAAACCAGCUGGGAAAGAGUCUAA